CACUUUUCCUCUUCACUUUCGAAGGAAGCCUAGCACCACCAAGUUCGGGGGGGAUUGCAGUUCCGUGUUAUUUAUGCAUAUUUGUUCCGAGACGCGUCAAAAAAUUCACGCGACGCGACGCCUGUCUUCCAACAAUACAUUUGCUGUUUCCACAACGACUACAGAAACCCCCUGCAUCGGUGCGCCUAUCCUGUCGACUGGAGCUACGGAUUCAAUAAUGCAGACAAGUUUCGAUCAUCAAGAAGCUUGGCAGCUAUUGGACAACUUCAGGAUUCACUUUGCCUACACAGCAUUCGCCCACAUGUUGGGCCGUAUUUCGCAACUUCCCCAAAAUCCAGCACGAAUAUUCAGUGAAUAACUAGCCUAAACAACCGGUGAUGAGAGGCCCUCCGUGCCCACAUAAUGAAUAUGCGCAAGAGCCAAUUCUACCGUGCAUUCAAAAAUCCU